AUGUUGUGCUCGGACAAGGUAGACAAUCAGCGUCACUUAGCUUGUGUGUCAAAGUUCGCUAUAGUCAGCACCAACUUGGCAGCCUGGCGCAAACGUGCUGGCGGGGCUAGUCAAUCACAACAAUGCAAGUACCGUGACCCCACUGUGACCACUUGGGAGAAACCUUGCCCCAAUCCAUCGUUGCCGCUUCUUCAAGUUUGUGCCUCACAUCUAGUUCAGCUAAACCCGGCCCCACCAUUCCUUCGUCUCUCUGCCGAGCAAACCCCUGAAGCCCUGAGUUCCUACAAUGCUGAAAAAACAGUCGAUUUAAAGUCCAGCGUCACCCAGUUGCCGGUCCUGCCAGAGGAUAUCGCGCUUUGCGAUGAUAUUCAUAAUCAUUCAAACAUAAAAAUUGAAAGUACGUCCUCAAUCUGUCUAUUUUGUUCCCAUGAUAUUUUUAUAUGCUUACUAAAGUUUCUUUUCUAA